UGCUUGCCGAAGCCCCGCAGAGUUGAUCUGUCAACCUGACCGAAAGCCUUGACACUUGCUGGCGGACUCUGCCGGGUGGUGACAGGUUUAUUUCGGCAUAGGGAUACAAGAUAAAGAGAACAACGUCGUUGGGAUAUGGUUGUUAGGGAAACGGGGCUGUGUCAGUGGUGGUUUAGAAGUAACCGUCGUCUGUCAGAAUUCCAACUAUCCAACAGCCGAGCUAGCCAUUUAGCUAAUUACUGAAGACCACCGGGAGCUCGCUGUGCAGGGGACACGCAUUAAUGUCGCCUCUGGUGAGGAUUAUCCAUCGGUAGGUGUUCAUUUGGACUCAGUGACCCCGCUGUGAUGAUAUCCUGACAGUUCACCUCGUCCGUUCCUGACACUUUCCUAAGCCUGGCUAGCGAGCCCACUCGGCUAACUAGCCGGUUUUUAAACUGCCUCAGCGUCGCAACCAGUAACCAGCAACCAGCUUUCGCCGUGGCAGUGAACCCCCGGUUUAAUACGUUGACCGUGUGCGAACCUCGGUGUGCGGACACGGGGGACGCCCAAGACCCCCGUCUUGCGGAAGGACCGUACGAAGGGCCCCUGUUUUAUGACAGUCUGCGGGGAGAGAGGAGCUAGCAGAGAGGACACUCGGCCAUUCAGCGCGGCAGAGGCGGUGCGCUGCAGAAGGAGACACCGGACUGCACGGAGGAAGAGUCCCACACGUUUGGCUACUGUGAUCCGGGAGUUAUCCGGACAGAGACCUCAUGAAUGGAACUCGGAACUACAGCCGUUGGGGCCCAGUCCCUGUUCGCCAUGCCUCGGCGGCCUGGCUUUGGCACCAUGGGGAAGCCCAUCAAGCUGCUGGCCAACUGCUUCCAGGUGGAUAUCCCCAAGAUGGAUGUCUACCUCUACGAGGUGGACAUCACACCUGACAAGUGCCCCCGGAGAGUCAACAGGGAGGUGGUCGACUCAAUGGUAAAGCACUUUAAGGUGACAAUCUUUGGGGAUCGCAGGCCAGUCUAUGAUGGAAAGAGGAGCCUGUACACAGCCAACCCACUGCCUGUGGCUCCUGCAGGGGUGGACCUGGAUGUCACUCUACCAGGUGAGGGAGGCAAAGAUCGCCCCUUCAAAGUUUCCAUCAAGUUUGCGUCUCUGGUCAGCUGGCACAUGCUCCACGAGGUGCUGACCGGCCGCUGCAUGCCUGAGCCCCUGGAGCUUGACAAGCCCAUCAGCACCAACCCGGUGCACGCAGUCGACGUGGUGCUGCGACACCUGCCCUCCAUGAAGUACACUCCGGUUGGUCGCUCCUUCUUCUCGGCUCCUGAGGGCUAUGACCAUCCCCUGGGAGGUGGGAGGGAGGUUUGGUUUGGUUUCCAUCAAUCUGUGCGCCCUGCCAUGUGGAAGAUGAUGCUUAACAUUGAUGUGUCCGCCACCGCCUUCUACAAGGCUCAGCCAGUCAUCCAGUUCAUGUGUGAAGUGCUGGACAUCCACAACAUAGACGAGCAGCCUCGCCCUCUCACAGACUCGCACCGGGUCAAAUUCACCAAAGAAAUUAAAGGUCUGAAGGUGGAGGUGACGCACUGUGGAACCAUGCGGAGGAAGUACCGCGUCUGCAACGUGACCCGUCGGCCUGCUAGCCAUCAAACGUUCCCUCUACAGUUGGAAAACGGUCAGACUGUAGAGCGCACUGUAGCCCAGUACUUCAGGGAGAAGUACAGCCUGCAGCUCAAGUACCCACAUUUGCCCUGUCUACAAGUGGGCCAGGAGCAGAAGCACACCUACCUGCCCCUGGAGGUGUGUAACAUUGUAGCAGGUCAACGUUGCAUCAAGAAGCUGACCGAUAAUCAGACCUCCACGAUGAUCAAAGCCACGGCUCGCUCUGCGCCCGACAGACAGGAGGAGAUCAGCAGGCUAGUGCGCAGUGCCAACUACGAGGCAGACCCCUUUGUGCAGGAGUUCCAGUUCAAGGUUCGCGACGAGAUGGCCCAAGUGACGGGGCGAGUGCUACCUGCCCCUAUGCUGCAAUACGGCGGCAGGGUGAGCACAGAGCACUUUAUGAACCGCACUGUAGCCACGCCCAGCCACGGGGUGUGGGACAUGAGAGGGAAGCAGUUCCACACCGGGGUGGAGAUCAAGAUGUGGGCCAUCGCCUGCUUCGCCACACAGAGGCAGUGUCGCGAAGAAAUACUCAAGGGUUUCACAGACCAGCUGCGUAAAAUCUCUAAGGAUGCUGGGAUGCCCAUCCAGGGUCAGCCAUGUUUCUGUAAAUACGCCCAGGGAGCGGACAGCGUGGAGCCCAUGUUCAGACACCUGAAGAACACAUACGCCGGACUGCAGCUCAUCAUCGUCAUUCUGCCCGGAAAAACUCCUGUCUAUGCGGAGGUAAAGCGCGUUGGGGACACCCUCCUGGGCAUGGCCACGCAGUGCGUCCAGGUGAAGAACGUGGUGAAGACGUCUCCUCAGACCCUCUCUAACCUCUGCCUCAAGAUCAACGUGAAGCUGGGAGGCAUCAACAACAUCCUGGUGCCUCACCAACGCCCAUCAGUGUUUCAGCAGCCAGUUAUCUUCCUGGGAGCAGAUGUCACACACCCUCCUGCUGGAGAUGGGAAGAAGCCUUCAAUCGCAGCAGUGGUAGCCAGUAUGGACGCUCACCCCAGCAGAUACUGUGCCACAGUGCGAGUCCAGAGGCCCAGGCAGGAGGUGAUCCAGGACCUGGCCUCCAUGGUGCGGGAGCUGCUCAUCCAGUUCUACAAGUCCACUCGCUACAAGCCCACCAGGAUCAUUUUCUACAGGGAUGGGGUUUCAGAAGGCCAGUUCAGACAGGUGCUGUAUUAUGAGCUGCUGGCUAUUCGUGAGGCCUGUAUCGCCCUGGAGAAGGAGUACCAGCCUGGCAUCACAUACAUUGUUGUGCAAAAACGCCACCACACGCGCCUCUUCUGCGCCGACCGCAAUGAGAGAGUCGGACGUAGUGGAAACAUUCCUGCUGGUACCACCGUGGACACGGACAUCACACAUCCCUACGAGUUUGACUUUUACCUCUGCAGUCACGCUGGAAUACAGGGCACCAGUCGGCCCUCCCACUACCAUGUUCUGUGGGACGACAAUUGUUUCACCGCUGACGAGUUCCAGCUGCUCACAUACCAGUUGUGCCACACCUACGUGCGCUGCACCCGCUCCGUCUCCAUCCCUGCGCCCGCCUACUACGCCCACCUGGUGGCCUUCCGUGCCCGCUACCAUCUGGUGGACAAAGAACAUGACAGCGCUGAGGGCAGCCAUGUGUCCGGGCAGAGUAACGGUCGGGACCCCCAGGCGCUGGCCAAAGCCGUUCAGAUUCACCACGACACCCUGAGGACCAUGUACUUCGCCUGAGCUACACCUACCAUCACCACCAUCGACCCCCCCCCCCCCCCUUUACACACACACACAGACACAACCAUGCACACCUGGCUCACCAGUCGAGGAGUCUUCAGAUGUGCAAGUCCCGCCCCCAACCCCCCCCUAAACGCCUAGUCAAUCCAGACCUGACACUGUGCAGAGGAGAGGAGGGAGGAGGGAGGGGAGGAGGCACCCCCACACUGGACUGAGGAUGCAAAAGCUGCUUUAAAAACAAACAAGAGAAACUCAGCACUAUUAUGCAAUAUUGAACAAGCCAACUAGUUUAUUUUCUCCUCCAUCAAACCCCCUUCUCAGCGCCCCUCUUUUCCCCGGUUUGUCUCCUUUACUUGUGGCCUUGUGGGUCCUUUUCCCUUCCUUUAGCACAGUCUUUCCUUAAAUCUUCUCCUUUGCCAUCUACAAUACCUCAAGUCAGUUUAAGCAGCAGCACUUUUACAUUCUGUUUUAAUAUUACAAAAGAGGAAGCGGAGAAAGGAAGGGUCAGCGUUGUUGGUGGUGAUUUACUUUGGACCAGAAGUCCUCCCAGUUGCGCCAGUUAUUUUUCCUUUCUCCUCUUGUUUCCCUCUGAUCUGUCACUUUUCAUUCCUGUGUGAAAUCACCAGUUUCUUUUUUAGUUGUUGAGCACAACACACUGCCACCUGUUGGCCACGAGGUAUAAAUGCCCCUUUAAAGUCACAACAUUGAGUUGUUGUCUUACAAGGUUUCCGAUGAGUUUGGAUUUAUCUUUAGCAGUCAGCUGUCACAUUUAAACUGACAGUUUCUAUUGGCUGAUAUUUAAAUUGCAGCCAUCUAUGGAUUUUUAUUUAAAGUAUAACACUGUUAUUUGAUUCUGAUUUUUAUUUUUCUUCUACAUUAUGUGAAACAUUUUAUUAUUACGACUUUUUUUUAAAUCAUUUUAAUCAUGUAAGCUUGUGUUUUUAAUCAGAGUAUUCAUCAUGCAUUCAUGCUCUCAGUGCUUUAUCUCACAUUUCCCUCUCUUGAGUUUGAGAUCACAUCAAUGGUUUCCUCUAGUGCAAUAAAUAGCUGAACUAAGGGACGUGGCUCUAAGAGGACGUAAAUGAUACAUAAGAGCAGUUCAUUUGAAAGUGAGUGUCCUCAAAAGGAGAACGGUUUGCCACUCGUGAGGCACGUAUGUAUGGCUCCUCAUUGAGACAGUUGAUCAGCAUGUUCUUAGAGUUUGCCCUUGACGUUGGGCAAAAAUGGUGCAACUGCAGUUUCAUGUUUUUACUUGAAUUGAAGGAUUUGAUGCCUCCGUGGUUUGAGAUGAUCAUCAUUUCAUAAUUCCUGAUCAUCAGUUUGCUAAUGAGGCUGAUUUUCUAAGGCAGCAAAGAGGAGUGUAAAGGCCAUAAAGAGGUAGUAUUCAAGUGCCUGGUGGAAGUGAAAUAUUCAAACUUGUUAUAGGGAUCAUACUUCAGUUGGUUAAAUAAUCAGAUAGCAUAUUCCAACAAAUGGACAGCAUAAGAAGGUUUCACCCGAUGCCUCUUGUUCUCCUGACUUUUCUAUACAUCUCAUUCUAAUCAUCCUAAGAUCAAUGUAUUUAUUAUGUUUGCCUACACAGCAGUGUUAGCUAGCUGUUGGCGUUGCUUUGAAGCAGUGUUUGAGCGAGCCUUGCUGUCUUUGUGCUUAAACUUCACCUGACAUGUAUCCAGCUGCUACAGUGUGUUUGUACCUCGAGUCAAACUCUUCAUAAACCAGAUCCUACAAUAAAUUCUGCCGGACUUGUAAUGUAAUUCCUGUCCAUGCAACCGGGCCCAAAGUGGUGACUUGCUGCAGAGGAGUUCGGUUGGUGACCAAUAUUUGCAGCAAAAGUCCUGCUGUUUGUUGAUUUGGGUCACAGCUUAGCUCCUCUGUGCCACUGAAAGCUCGUCUCGGGGGUGUUUUUAAAAGCUAACUGCACUUAAAAGAAGCUGUGUUUGGGGAGUGAACACAGGCCUGGUGCUACUCUGUCUGAAUUAGAAUCUGAAUGAGACUCUGGAUGAGCAGGUGGGAAGGGAAGUAGAAAAAGGAACAGUAGACCUCACUCACUUUAGGACAGGAGAAAAUCCCACUGCUAUGGUUUGAGGAUGUCAAUCGGUAGUGUUGAAAACCUGUAACGGUACGAUGGCGGACGUUCCCUCGGAGGUGUAUUGUUAGUCCUUCUGACUGCCUUUCAUAGGCUAGCCUUCCAGUGAGGAAGCCAGUGGGUUUGAGCCUUCAUCAUUUCACUAGAAUCAUGUAGUGAAAGCCUUUUUCAAAGCCAGAUCAAAAGUAUAUUUGUACAUUUUAAAUGAUGUAAUGCACACCACUUAUUUUUGCUAACGGAAACAAAUGUAGUCUAAUUAUUAAUCUUAGUAAUACAUGUAUUAUGAAAAGUAAUGGUUAAAAAAAGGUAUAAUAACAAAGUAUUGCAAUAGACUGUUGACUUGUUCCUGUGUCACUGUAUGACGUAUAGUUUAUAUGUGAACAGUGGUGGGUUUGUUGAAACUAGUGACGUGUGUUUGGACUGUCAUACUGUUAUUGAUAGGGAUGGGGACUUUAAACCGCCUCUUGCUUCGAUGUUUGGAUGUUGAAUGCCUAUUUCUUUCCCUUUUUUUUGUAGAUCUCGUACAGUCAGAGGUUUCUUGUAGAGGAGAGAACAUAUUCCAUACUGUACUCUUAAAGGCUUUGUAUUAAGACGUUAAAUCCCUUUUGUGGUGACAAAGGGUAAAAUAGACUAAGAGUCGGUUGUAUUAAGCUUCAGAGUUUCUGCUCUUGAAUGGUUUUUUUAAGGUUUUUUCUUCAACUGGUGCUGACGCCUGCUCCUUAUCAGGAAAACGAGUGAAAAGAAAAUGUGGUUCUGAAAGUGUUGUUGAUCCAUUUCAAGGACACGUGUGAUCAAAGACAAACGUAACAAGUGGUAGUGGUUCUCCAUUUCUUUUGUGUUAAAGCUUGGAGGGAUUUACGUGGGAUUGCCACCUCUGUUGCUUUACUCUCCUUACCCGAGCCACUUCAUGAGUUACCCUGCCGGUAAGUCUGGAGUGACAAAGCCUGUAAUCUUAUUGCUGCUCUUUUCCCCUUUUUUGCUCUCGAACAUUUACUCCCCUUCGCCAGAGGACUAAAAUCCACGGCCGUACAAUCCCAUCCUGUACCGCUGGGAGGCACGAGGAAGAUUAGAGCUCUGUAAGAUAUAGCAGAUUCAGUUUUUAAUUUAAAGAUGUGUGAUUUAGACGGAAUUAAAGCUGAUCAGCGAUACGUUUGUGGCAGGUUUUGUUGGAGGUAUCAUUUGAGUCCAUUUAUAACUCACUAUCUCUGCCGCUGGUAAUGGAUGUUCAGUUUGUGUAUUAUCUACUCUCUGGAGGGCAGUUGAACACAUGUUUACAUAGCAGAUGUGUUUGCCUCGCUUACAAACUGAAAUGUCAUCAGCUCUGCUUUGCAAAUAUCAGCUAGUAGAGAAGUGACCUAACAUGAGCAAGGCCGGACGGAGCCUGUGGAAGUGAACGCUGGAAGGGAUACGAAGACAUUGUUUAUUUGGCCAAUUUGUCCUCAGCAGACAUUUGUGUUACAGAGAAGGGGGUGUAGUCUUGUUUGUUUCUAUUAAAAUGACUUGAUUGAAAUGAGAGGCUACACCCAGCCUAAAGCCAGCUGUGGCCUUUGGCUCUCUGAUUAGGAUUCCUAAUAAUACAGUCUUUUUCUGGAAGCUGGAAAACGUCUUACACCUACUAAACGAAGGCUGUCUGAUGAAGAAAAAACGGCAAAAUGAAGGUCAAUGUCACCUUUUUAAAUGGAAGUGUUCCAUUUCUAGUAAUCCAUCUUUGUCCCUGAUUUUGGUCGCUCUCUAUUUGCAGUGAAAGGUAGCAAUGGAGCGAGAACAAGUCCACAGAAAGUGCCUUUCCUCUUGAUGGUGCUGUAAAUGGAAAGAUAAAAUGUAAAAAUUCAAAGACAUCUCCUUGAACAUACUGCAGUGCAGGAACAGCUGCAUUUACACACAUACUGUACACAUUUAUUUCCUUUAGAAAUGGCAAUGCAAACUUGUGUUUCCUGUAUUUAGACAUUACGCCUCAAUAGAAGUAGAAUAUAUGCCAAGUAUAUGGUUGUGGUUGAGCUUUCGCUUCCUAUUGCAUUUAGUGUCUUGGACCAAUGGUGUCGUUGGUACAGUGGAAGGUGUGUUUUUGGGGUGGAUAGCUGACGAUAGCAUAGUGACACAGCCUAACCCACGUAUGACAAACAGAGCACAGCACUUUAGAGACUGCCACUCUCACUCAGACACAUAGCCAAGAGGUUCCAAUCUCUGUCCCUCCAGUCGCCUUCGUCCUCCUCGGAUCCAAACCUCAGUGUGAAGGAGUUGAAGGAACGUGUGGUACCAAACAGGGCAGUCGGUCAUUAAGUGUGCCUCAUGCUCUCGCGACUCGGGUGGUUGUAUUCUCUCUGGAGUCGACUCUUUGUUACAGCUAGGGCUGGGUGUCAAAACACAAUCUCACUUACCUCCUAGAGUUUGGCAUCGACCAUUUUGAAGCAUCUCAAACAGAAAAAAAAGAAGGUUUUUACAAUAGACUUUUGCACUGAAAUAUAAAGGUUUUCUUCUCGAAGGGCAUUUUUACUAAGAAACGCAACAUAAGUGGGAUAGAAAACUUCUUAAGAAAGCAUGAAAGACUGAUAAUAGUUUGCAUAUUGAAGUAUGCUUUUAACCAAGUGUCAUUUUACAGCAGCUUAUAGAGAUGGAAUUAACACAACCAGUGUCAGUAUUGAAGCGACGCCCAGCCCUAGCAGCAGCCAAUGGCGUCCAUCUUAGUGCCCUGCCAUGUGUCCCUGAUGGAGAGCGUGUGUGCCCAGCAGUAACCCUGUCUUGAGCCGGUAGGGUGUUGAAUAAAAACAGGGUGGUCUGUAGUUCUUUGGGUACCUUUUCAGUCCAGGGGGGGUGAAAUCUUUCUAUUACAAGAGAUCUAAGAAAACAAACACUGCACCUCACUUACCUUGGUAUGCUGCAUAUGUUAUACUACAUGAAAGAAAACUGCAAAUUGCUUUUAUUAUGACAUAUAAUGCUUGAGUAAUGCCUGAUAUUCUUAUACGGUAACUAUUUUAGAAUCAAAAUAAGUAUAACUGUAAAAAAUAUUCUCUGUUUUUUGUCUUAACACUUAUCCCGUUUUUGAGAAAUUGUUCUUGAGCCGACUUUUAUUUUGUUGUCCUAUUUAAAUGUGUUGUUCUUUAAAUGUAUAUAUGAAAUAUAUAUAUAUAUAUGCGGAAUAUUUUAUGGUGUAUUUAUUGAGAGUGCAUUCAAGCGGCUGGAGUCUCCGCAUCAUAUUGCAGCGUGGUGGGGGCGGGGCCAGGAGGAUGAGGCCUUUAGCCCCGCCCCCUCCACGUUGACCCCUUAUUCUCCGAGACACGCAAGCACAAUAAUAUGGAGGGGGGUGGGAGGUGGAGGACCUGAUGAUAUUUAUAGGUCAACUUUCCCUCCUCCUUUCCUAAAUAUUCUUUACCCUCCUCUUUUUUUCACCACCUGAAAUGCCAACCCCCACAGCUCAUCUCUGACAAAGGGUAGCCAUUUCUGAACCGCGCCGAGUGCUUAAUAGCCGCCUUUCUUCCAUCUCGAGCUGUUAAUUGGUACGUUAGCCAUGUAAAUUCCCUGAUCCUGUAAAAAGGGCUGGUGGGAAAGCGUAAAAUUUAAAGCAGCAGCGGGGAGAGGAAGAACAGAUGUUGGCAAGGCAGGAUUCUUUGGAUCAUGGUGAACAUUUUGGCGUCACUCAUUCCCUUAUAUUGUCUGUUUUCAUGUUGUUUUCCCUCGUGCCAGAACAUUUUCCAGCCGGGACAGGUCUCAUUCCACACAGAAACACAUGCCUCAGCCUUAAGUGCGUUAGUUGUCAGAUUUCCAUGUGACUUUAUGAUGCCUGUGUUGGGUUGCCUACAGAGAAACCAAGCCUACGUACUUGAUCUGCCCCGAUUCCCCGCCCUACAUCCUAAUUUCUUCUAAUUUCUCAUGUAAACCACUAACAUUGCUGAUGUACAAACAAGCUUUCACAGAUUUCUCUGUCCCAUUUGUACUGAUGUCAGACCAAAACAAGGUCCGGGUCAAACGGCAUUUGAAAGACUUAUUGGCAACAUGAUGAGCAGUGCUUACCGCCUCAGGACUAUCCUAAUAACUGAAUGAAAUGAAACCAUUUUGCUGAAUUGACUUUUAUACACCCUGACCCUGCAAGCUUAUUGGUUAUCAUUGUAAUGUCCUUGAUGGCAAAUCCAAAGAACAACAUUUUCAGAUGCAGUUUGACCCGGGCCUGGAUUUCAGAGACCUGUGCCUGUAUAACGAACCAAGAAUGAACCGCGUUGUGAUUCAUUUCUGUUUUAGUUUCUUUGUUUUUGUUCCUCAUCCCAUUAAAGGGAUCAAAGUCAUGGAGUGUUGUCAAUCCUAUCCUAAAGUGAAUAGGCCUUUAAACCAAAUCAUCUUGGUUUAAUUAGUUUACUCUCAUAUUUACACCCAUGGCUGUCAGAUAUUUGACCUGUUUUCAUCCCAUUAGCAUUCCAAAAAUAACCUUGAACCAAAUAUUGCAUAAGAGAUUAGGCUUCUGGUGCGGUUUUCCCCUCAUAUACACUAAAUGGUUUUGAAAACAGAUAUUUGACAGUGGCCAGGGGUGUGUGUACGCUGGUUGUUCAGAUUUUUUUCAAUGUAGCAUCACUCUUGUGUCUGUCUUAUUUCAAACUCAAUAUCUUAGGACUCUUGAUACCUCUGAGUGAUGCACCAGCAAACGGAUGUAAACCUUUACAGCCAGAUGAUCCAUGUCUCUGUGUGUUGCAAAGGCUCUGUUGAACCAACAGCUAUAUUCCUCUCAGUUUUAAAUGUCUCUUUUGUUUGUAACUCUCUCUUAUAGGUUGUUGGCCUUUUAGUGUUGCUUUGCUUCAGUUUGAAGUGUAUCUUUGACUAAUACUUGCAAUAAAAUGCUUUGCUUUA